AUGAGGCUCAAGCGGUUUCUUCUAAGAUAUUUUCCGCCAGGUAUAAUCCUGGAAUAUGAACAAGCGGGUAAUUUUAGGACCAAAUCCAUCGACCUUUUGGAUCUGACUCCUCAGACAAAUCUGGACGAGUUGGUCUCUGAAAUCAUGCAGUCAGAGCCUCUGAUCACAGAGAGCAGGGCUGAACAGGUUAAAGAACUGGUCUUCAGGCUUCAGCAAAAGCUCGCCCAGCAGGACCACCACAGGUUCUGUUUCAGCAAGGAGCUUAAGGCAUACAUACUGCCACUGACAAAUGUUGCUUUUGACAAAUCUGGAUCCAGGUUCAUAACGGGGAGUUAUGACAGGACUUGCAGAGUUUGGGACACAGCCUCCGGCACCGAGCUGCACACACUGGAGGGUCACAAAAACGUGGUAUAUGCAGUUGCGUUCAACAACCCCUAUGGAGACAAGAUUGCCACGGGCUCCUUCGACAAGACCUGCAAACUGUGGUGUGCUGAGACCGGCAAAUGUUUCCACACUUUUCGGGGGCAUGUGGCAGAAAUAGUGUGCUUGGCGUUCAACCCCCAGAGUACAUUGGUGGCCACGGGCAGCAUGGAUGCCACUGCCAAGCUGUGGGAUGUUGAGAGUGGGGAGGAGGUGGCCACCCUGACUGGUCACACUGCAGAGGUCCUCUCCUUGUGCUUUAACACAGUUGGCAGUCAGCUUCUCACUGGCUCCUUUGACCACACAAUUGUGAUAUGGGAUGUCGCUUCAAAAAGACGUAUUCACACUCUGAUAGGUCACACGGGAGAAAUAAGCAAUGUUCAAUUUAACUGGGACUGCUCCCUCAUCGUAUCAGGCUCCAUGGACAAAACCUGUAAGUUGUGGGAGGCAGCCAGUGGGAAGUGUGUUGCCACCCUUGGUGGACACACAGAAGAGGUGUUGGAUGCGUGCUUUGAUUUAAGUGGUCAGCUCGUUGCCACUGCUUCUGCUGAUGGUACGGCACAAGUCUUCAGUGCAGCGACACAUCAGUGUCUUGCGAGGCUAACGGGGCAUGAUGGAGAGAUCUCCAAGAUUUGUUUCAGCCCCCAGGGCAACAGAGUCCUAACUGCCAGCUCAGACAAAACAGCUCGUCUGUGGGAUGCUCAGUCUGGAGAGUGCCUACAAGUCUUAAAGGGUCACACUGACGAGGUCUUCUCUUGUGUCUUCAACUAUGAGGGUAGCACCAUCAUUACAGGGAGCAAGGAUAACACAUGCAGGAUCUGGUACUGACCCUUUCCCCGACCCGUCAGAGGCUAAGGAGCACCUCUGCAAGUGUCAACCAUGCUGUUUGCUUCAUUGCUUCUCCAAGACCCAAAUAAUCUGAUCUCACAGCAAAGAAGUGGUCUAGUUUUCAGAAUAUUUUCUUGUUGUGGGCAGCUUUAAAAUUAUUUGGAAUUUUUAUGUAACCUUUGCUCAUCUGCUUAUGUUUUUGAUGAACAAAAUGGACAUUAAGGUUUUGGAGUCUCAGGUUAAAGCCCAGUAAUGAGAAAACUUGACGUAGUUUGUUGGAAGGCUUUAUACGUUGAACAACCUAAAGGAAUUUAAAAUGAGCCUCACAGAGAUAUUUUCUUUUAGUAACUGAACAUAGAAUAC